CCACUGACAUGAUUCAACAAAUAUUCGGCCUGUUACUUGCUCUAAGCUUAAAUUCUCCGAGCAGUGGAGAGACUAUUGUGGAACUUAUCGAAGAGGCAGCACCAGGAACCGUCGUUAUUGAUAACUUGCAGCACCGUUUUCAACUCCCCUCCAGUGCAAAUUCGCAACCACCUUAUGUCGCUAUCGGAAAUCCUUCAAGUCCUGGGAUCGAUACACUAACGUUAAAACAGAAUCGAUUUGAUGGUGCCUUACAAUUGGUUGUAAAGGACGGGCAUCGCGGUCCCGAUAGGGAACAGUUAUGUGAUUCGCGACAUAUUGAGACAACUGUGCCAUCUCCCGGAUGUGAUAUUCCUCUGGUGAUCCUGUACGGGGAUAGACAAAACCCAUCUUAUGCGAAAAUAACCUUACGUAUCUUCGAUGUUAAUGACAAUGCCCCAAUGUUCGAUACGAACGACCAAUUUGAGGUGCGCAUACCUGAAGAUGCUGGACCGACCGACACAUUGGAAAAAAUACCUGCGUAUAAAGCAUACAACAGGAUUGAAAAAGUCGGUAACUCUAUUCCCCUCCCAAUUGCCUACGACAAUGAUCUUCCACCUAACGGAGUCAAAUCUUAUCGUUUAACCUCAGUACUGGGACAAGAAAUGGAUGAUCCCCUUGUAGUUCUCGUAAACAAUGGUACCGAUAUCCCACACACGUCCAGAUAUACCGCAGACUACGAAAUUAUUCAUACUCCCGCGUUAAAAGUUAUCCGGCCUCUGGAUAGAGAAAAGAAGAGUGACUACUGGUUCCACUUACUAGCUAUUGACGGGGGAAAUCCACAGCGCACCGGAACGUUAACCAUACAUCUCAGACUAACUGAUUUAAAUGAUAAUGCACCAAAGUUUUCCAAGCCAAUCUACCACCAACCAACAUUUACGAUCAACCCAGAUUCAUACGAUCGUACAUUGAGGACUGAAGUAGUUCGAAUACCAGAAACGAUAGCCGUAGGAUCAAACAUUGUUACCCUUACUACAGAAGAUGCGGAUGAAGGACAGAACGCAGAGAUGAACUAUCGAAUAAGGGAACCGCUAAAUAAUGAAAGGGAUAUGGCCGUCCAUAGAAGCUUUACUUUAAUACGUUCAAACCAGAGUGUGACUUUGAAAACUGUGAAACCGCUGGACGCAGACAACCAGCAUGGAAAGUUGUGGAUAGACAACAAUGGUGAACUCUUCGGAACAAUGCUACAAUUGACUGUAGAAGCUGUAGACUCCGGUGUCCCACCUUUCUCCACAUCUAUCACGAUCCACCUUCUUUUGGAAAACGUUAACGACAACCAACCGGAAAUCGCUGUACAGUUUACUAAUCCAUUACCGGCAGUGGUGUAUGGAAAAGUUAACAACCAAACCAACUGGAUAGGAAGUUUAAAGGAGAACCAGCUUGGUCCGAUUACCAUCGCACACCUCACCGUCACUGACAAAGACCUCAUACAGCAACCAACAAGAGAAAGUGUGCAAUGUGAAACUAAUGAUACGAGAUUUGCACUGGAAAAGCUUCCCUCACUUUCCUCAAGUGGGACUGAAGAUCAGUCAAGGGUGACUUCCACAACCCAAUCAUUGUACUUUUAUCGAAUGUUCGCGACGAAGCCAGUCGACAGAGAGGAACAAGAGUGGGUGUAUGUCCAUAUCGCGUGCCUUGACAAUAUGAGCCCAAUCAACACACAGUAUGGAAAUUUAAGGCAUCUCAAUACAUAUGCGUCUUCGAUUCAGCUCACUGGAACGGUGGUUGUCUCUCUAAAAAUUCUUGAUAUAAAUGACAAUGCGCCAAAGUUUCAGAGGGACACUUACGAGUUUAGUGUGCCUGAAACUUCAUCAAAUCCAUCUAUUUACUUGACGAAGUUCGUACCUGAUGAUAAUCGAAUAACGGUUGGUCAGGUACAAGCAUUGGAUGCAGAUUCAGGAAAAAACAGUGAAGUGGAAUAUCGUCUUAUUGCAAAUUCACAUGAAGCUUUUCAGCUGGAUAUGAAGAAAGGUACGCUUUGGAGAGUUGGAACACUGGACAGAGAAAAGGAGGCUGAGGUAGAACUACGGAUAGAGGCACGUGAUCUAGGUCUUCCGCAACUUUCCAGUACAUGUAUCGUAAAAAUUGAAAUCCUUGACGUGAAUGAUCAUGCACCCUACUGGAUAACUACAAUUGCCGAUGAAGACAUGGCAGGCCAUCAUCUUGGAAGAUCUGAAGAUGGUGUAUUUUAUUUUUCCAUAUCGGAGGACAUGGAGAUCGGUCAGACUAUUGGCUCAAUCAGAGCUGUAGAUAUUGAUGGCCUCAUUGAUAGUGAACCUAUCCAACUUAACCAAGGUGAAUUACCUUACGCCCUGCAAAGAUCAGUCAAGAAAAAGUUGAAUAACAUGGACACUAAACUUACGUAUAAUCUGGAAUCUGUUGAAGAUGCGAUGGCGUUUUCGAUCAAUAAACACACUGGAGAGUUGAGAUUAAGUCGUAAGCUGGAUCGUGAGACUCGAGCACACUAUGAACUCAGAGCAUUCGCUGUGGACAGUCCCUCUCCGCGGAUAAUAACAAAGAAUCGCCAAAUACAUCACUGGGACACAGUCCCGAAACACCGUUUCACCGCAACAGCAACUAUCAUCAUCACAGUUUUAGACGUUAAUGAUAAUGUGCCUCAGUUCGAAACACCUCUUGCAGGACAAGAAUUCCACAUGGAACCGGGAAGUCCCCUCUUCACGCCAGGCACAACAUUGUUUACUGCAAAGGCGCACGAUGCUGAUCAUGGCGAAAAUGCCACUGUUAGAUAUGCCUUGGAAGGAGACGGUUACGGCAUCGUGGAGAUUGAUGCUACCACAGGGAUGUGUUAUGUGCGCGAACCUAUGCAUCGAAAUAAGCUAAUCAAACUGCUGGAAGCAAAUAAAUUACCUCUUACAGAACACAUUCAGAAGGUCAACUACAAACAAUUCCCCUCGAGCACUGACCAGAAAACUCAGCUAAAACACCCAUCUGAAAUGCGCUCAAUCGCUCUCAGCCUGGUAGUGGUUGCCUAUGAUCUUGGACGGCCGACGCAGCUAAACAGCUCUAGGAUGGUGCAGCUAGUCUGGAAUGGUGAAAAUACAAAAGACCUACACACAAUCUAUUCAAAAACUGCAAAUCUCGGUGUAGAUUAUGGUCAUACAAUGUGGUUCGGUGGUAAACCGAACGGAACAGAGCGUCUGCUCAUUCCUUUGGUUGUUGGAGCAGUAGUGCUGUUGAUCAUUGUUUUUCUCAUCCUGUUUAGUGUCGCUCGUUAUCGGAAGCAGACAAAUACACGUCUAUCAAACACAUUUCAAGGCACUAGUAGAACGAAACAGCGAAAGCCCGGAAACAAUCCACAACUCGAACAGAUUCCCACUUGGAAAUGGUGCACUUGCAUAAACUCUGAUAUUAGAAAGACAGAUGAAUUGACGCAUCCCGAUAGCGUGGACAGUGCAGUUCAAGAGCGCUCUGGGAAAAUAACAUCAAGUAUAGUUGUUUCAACGCCAGCUGGUGAAUACAAGGCCAAGUUUGGGACGCAAGAUCGAGGAGAAAGGUGCAAGACAGCCAUGGAUUUCGCAGCUCCAAGGUCGGCUCAAUCCUACCUACCAGAUUGUAUACCAACAUCCGAACUGGAAAUGGCGGAGACUAUUGAACGCAGCCAAAUUGGACAUUUGCUAGUCACUCCGAGCAAAUUAUAUCCAAACACUUCUGAAUGGAAACUCAAUCGUGCACGAUACAAUGGGUCUACUCUUUCACGAGCAUAUUCGGAAGAAUCUCUGAGGAUCUCUCGACCAUCCGAUGUCGGCUACACAGCAUUAUGUGCAUACCCGUCAAUGAAUCCAGAAAAUCCAUUAUGCCACCCCUCGAAACUGAACACAACCCUCACCGAAAUGUAUUACAAUGGACAGCAUAGGCCAGAUCACGCCCAGUUCGCUCCGUACGCAUACCACAGACCCCAGUGUGUAUCCGUCAACCCAGAGACCAGAAUACCUACAGCGGCAAUUCGAGGCCCAUCUGCAUCGUUCUACAGUCCGCUCAGCGUGGUGACCUCUCAGUUCCCGUAUCCAACGUUUCGGCCCGCUGAAUAUGCCCUAAGUCCCACGGAGCCAGACAAUGUAUCAUAUGAACACUACGAGUUAGAAGAACCGACAGACGGGACGGACGGAACAAAAUCAAAAGCACAUUCCGGUAGUGGUUGGAAGCCCAAACUUUCGGAUGCAUACGCAGAAAACACAUUCGUCUGAUGGUUGCUUGACUGGCAUUUUAUUCUUAUUAAAUAUGGCUUUUCUCUUGUCUUUUUAUAUCACGUUAUGAAAACCUAUUGGUAAACCGAAUUGUGCCUUCUAACAACAUAUGUCAAGCGUUUGGGGGAUCAUAGAAGCUAACACGAUAGGUAACAAGACACUCAUGGAUCGUGCGACGGAGAUAUGACAGCCUUACAAGAUGGGCUGUGUUACAAAUAUUGAUCGUAUGCGUGCCUCUUGGAAGUUAGAACUCACACAUUAAUGGCCUCGUGUACCGUUGCAGCAGUUUAAAAAUGAUACAUGUCGUUCACGGAGUAUGGAUAAUAGUUGACCUCAUCAAGAGGGGCUGGUACAAUAGAACACACGCUUUACAAACCUUGUGAUGCAGUAUGUCCCUGAGGUCAGCAUAAACAACUAGUCUCACAAAGCCCAAGAAUAACUCGAAGUAACAAAGUCCUUUACCCUCAGACUGUAACAAUUUUAUGGACCAAAUCAGCCCAAAAUAGUUUGUUUGCGGAUUUUGUUUAGGGAAGGAAGAGGGAAUUUUACAGGUGUCUUCAGUGAAGCUCGUUGUCGCGUUGUAACGUCUGUUCCCAACUUCAUGUCCUCUUUGUUGACAUGGCAACCCAUGUAGACGAAAUACCGCUU